CACUCUAUUAUGCCGGAAUUAACCCACAAGGCUAAUCUUGUGUCUGUAGCUAUCCAAGUACCAGCAUCCCUAUUUUUAUUUAGUGGACACUCUGUCCCCUCCGGGGCUUGAGAACCCUGCAGUCUUCUCAUCUGGUGAUGGAGCUUUCAAGUCCUUCCAGAGAGGAACAUCCCAAGGCCCUGGACAGAGUAAGCUUCAUAGCUGCCAGACUCACAGGAUUGCUUCUACUUCAGGCAGUUUCUUGGGCAUCAGGUGCCCACCCCUGCAGCCCUAAAAGCUUUGGCUACAGCUCAGUGGUCUGUGUCUGCAAUGCCACGUACUGUGACUCUCUUGAUCCCCUGACCUUGCCUGCCCCUGGCACCUUCACACGCUACGAGAGCACACGCAGCGGGCGCCGAAUGGAGCUGAGUCUGGGGACCAUCCAAGCCAAUCGAACGGGCACAGGGCUGUUACUGACCCUGCAGCCGGAUCAGAAGUUCCAGAAAGUGAAGGGAUUUGGAGGGGCUAUGACAGAUGCUGCUGCUCUCAAUAUCCUUGCCCUGUCACCCCCUGCCCGGAAUUUGCUACUCAAAUCCUACUUCUCUGAAGAAGGAAUUGAAUACAACAUCAUUCGGGUACCCAUGGCCAGCUGUGACUUCUCCAUCCGCACCUACACUUAUGCUGACACUCCUGAUGACUUCCAGUUGCACAACUUCAGCCUCCCAGAGGAAGAUGUCAAGCUCAAGAUACCCCUGAUUCACCAAUCCCUAGAGAUGGCCCAGCGCCCUGUCUCACUCUUCGCCAGUCCCUGGACAUCACCCACUUGGCUCAAGACCAAUGGGGCAGUGAAUGGGAGGGGGUCGCUCAAGGGUCAGCCGGGGGACAUCUACCAUCAGACUUGGGCCAGAUACUUUGUCAAGUUUCUGGAUGCCUAUGCUGAGCACAAGUUACGUUUCUGGGCAGUGACAGCUGAGAACGAGCCUUCUGCAGGGCUACUUAGUGGAUACCCCUUCCAGUGCCUGGGCUUCACCCCUGAACACCAGCGAGACUUCAUUGCCCGUGACCUGGGUCCCACCCUGGCCAACAGUACACACCGCAAUGUCCGUCUGCUCAUGCUGGAUGACCAACGCUUGCUACUGCCCCGCUGGGCCCAGGUGGUGCUGGCGGACCCAGAGGCAGCUAAGUAUGUUCAUGGCAUUGCUGUCCAUUGGUACCUGGACUUUCUGGCUCCAGCAAAAGCCACCCUGGGAGAAACACAUCGCCUGUUCCCUGACACCAUGCUCUUUGCCUCAGAGGCCUGUGUGGGCUCCAAGUUCUGGGAGCAGAGUGUGCGGCUAGGCUCCUGGGAUCGAGGGAUGCAGUAUAGCCACAGCAUCAUCACGAACCUCCUCUACCAUGUGGUUGGCUGGACUGACUGGAACCUUGCCCUGAACCCUGAAGGGGGACCCAACUGGGUGCGCAACUUUGUUGACAGUCCCAUCAUUGUGGACAUCGCCAAGGACACGUUUUAUAAACAGCCCAUGUUCUACCACCUUGGUCACUUUAGCAAGUUCAUUCCCGAGGGCUCCCAGAGAGUGGGGCUAGCUGCUAGUGAGAAGAACGACUUGGACGCAGUGGCACUGAUGCAUCCCGAUGGCUCUGCAGUUGUGGUGGUGCUAAACCGAUCCUCUAAGGAUGUGCCUUUCACCAUCAAGGAUCCGGCUGUGGGCUUCCUGGAGACUAUCUCACCUGCCUACUCCAUUCAUACCUAUUUGUGGCGUCGCCAGUGAUGGAGCAGAUACCCAAGCAGAUACCUGGGCUCAACAUGGGCAUUAAAGGGACAGACUCAGCUCACAUGCUGUCUGUGGCUAAAGAGGGUACAGCAGGGCUGGGGUGAGCUCAAGUGACGUAAGCCCAGGAGCAGUGGUUUGGGUAACUCACUCUUCCCUCUAGCUGGUGCCAGAGGCUGAAGGUCCCUCAAGAAAGGAUUGGGAAGCCCUAGUGCCCCUCCCCCCCCCAAGCUUGUGUGAGUGUUGUCUGUGCUGGUUGCCUAUGGAAACUGGGCCCAGGCCCAGGGUGAGCUUACUAUCUGUACAAACACAAGAUUGGGGUAGGGGGAGGGUAAGAAAAGGAAGAGACUAGAAAGGACCCAGAACUGAGGACUGUUUGUCUUUUCUGGAGAUGUAGAACUAAGCCCUUGAGAAGCGAUGUCAGCAUCAGGACACAGGCAGCUAAGAAGCCAAGCACCAAUGAGAGGACUAAGUCACCCAGAUGGCCUCUUGGCACCAGCAGGAAAAUCAGUGGCCCCUUAAAGGAGAGAAUGUCUGACCCCAGUUAGUGCGAACAGG